AUGUCGACCUCAUCGCUACGGCGACAAGUAAAGAACAUUGUCCACAACUAUUCAGAGGCAGAAAUCAAGGUUCGAGAGGCCACGUCCAACGACCCAUGGGGCCCGAGCAGCUCUCUAAUGUCAGAGAUAGCAGAUCUGACUUAUAAUGUAGUGGCCUUUUCUGAAAUCAUGAGUAUGGUGUGGAAGCGGCUCAAUGACCACGGCAAGAACUGGAGACACGUGUACAAGGCAAUGACGCUCAUGGAGUACCUCAUCAAGACCGGGUCAGAACGUGUGGCCCAACAGUGUCGAGAAAACAUCUACGCAGUGCAGACGCUCAAAGACUUUCAGUACAUCGACAGAGAUGGAAAAGACCAGGGGGUUAAUGUUAGAGAAAAAGCCAAACAGCUAGUAACACUUUUAAAAGAUGAGGAGCGACUAAGAGAAGAGCGAAUCCAUGCUCUCAAAACCAAAGAAAAGAUGGCACAGACGUCUAGUGCCUCUUCGGCUCCGACAGCGGGCAGCGUUGGGGGCAGUUUGUCGUUAGGAUCCCACUCUGGAGGGGCAGAUCCAGAACAGGCCUGGCCCCAAAGCUCCGGAGAAGAGGACUUACAGCUGCAGCUGGCUUUGGCCAUGAGUAAAGAAGAAGCAGAGCAGACGAGCGCAGACCCUCUGGAGGACGCAGAGCUCCAAUAUGCAAUCUCACUCAGCCAAGAGAUUCACCAACAGGAGGAGCGUCUGCGCAGAGGAGAUGAUCUGAGACUGCAGAUGGCCUUAGAGGAAAGCAGGAGGGAGAAGCCCAAGGAUGAAGAGAAUGCACUGAUGGAGCUGAGUGCUGUGGACCCCUGGGGAGCCCCUCCUGCUGCUGCUGCUGCUGCUCCUGUGGGAUCUGCAGGACCCUCCCCUCCCCCCUCUCUGUGCCCCCCUGCCGCGUCCAACCCUUGGGGUGCACCUGCCCCAGACCCCUGGGGCGUGGCCUCGCCCACCUCCCCCACAAACACAGAUCCAUGGGGUGGUGGAGCCCCUGCUGCAGCGCCGCCUCCGGACCCCUGGGGAGAGGCGCCCAGGGUCAACAACGUGGACCCCUGGGGUGGUUCAGCUGUGACUACCCCCACUGCUGACCCAUGGGGCCCCUCGGUGCCUCCCAGCACCUCCUCCUCCGGGGGGCCCAUAGACCCCUGGGCGAGUGACGGGCCUCUCCCUGCCUCUGACGCUCUUACCUCUGAGCUGUGGAGUGGCUCCGCCCAACACACUAACGGCACAGGUGACCCCGAGCGGCGAGAGUCCGCAGCAGCUGCCUGUGACAGCACAGGUUCACCGGUGCCAUUCGAUCUCUCGUCUCUGGGAUCUUCACUUCCUGUCCGGAAAACUCCAGAAUCCUUUUUGGGGCCCAACGCUGCUCUGGUGGAUCUAGAUUCACUUAUAUCAUCAAAACCCAAACCCAAACAGCCGCCGCCUCCUUCUAUCUCUGCAUCUUCAGCACAUAACCCCUUCCUCCAAAAUACAGGUUCCUCUCCGGCCCCUGGCAUGGCCGUCACUCCAGGCAGUACCAUUUCCAGUCGAGGGGUGUCUCCAACACCUGCUUCCUCGAACCCUUUUGGCGUGGCCCCGUCAAUGAGCUCGAUCUCUCCUCAGCCCUCCACCAUCGGCCUGAGCGCUCUCCGCACCAGCCCGGUGCCUCCUAACCCCAUGCUCGGGCUGGUGCAGCCUGGCCUGUCCAUGGGGCCCAUGGGUAUGGGGCUCGGCAUGGCGCAGGCCAGCCCAAUGGGGAUGCCUUACAGCAGCCUGUCGCCAAUGGCCCCUCCGGGCUCGGUCCUGCUGGGACCCGGACCAGCGCCACAGCUGAUUUUGGGUGGGCCCGCAGCAGGGGGAGUCAUGGGAAGAGGGGGGCCAGUUGGGGGAGGAGGAACAGGCGCCAGCACCAAUCCUUUUCUUCUUUGA